UCUGUGGUCUCCAUAAUGAAUGAUGUCUCUGCUCUCCCCUCCAACCACACAGACUGUCAGGUGGUGAAGGUACCCCACCUGGUGUUCUUAGUGUUGGGUAUGGUGUCUCUCAGUGAGAAUCUGUUGGUGGUGGUGGCCGUGGUGCGCAACAAGAACCUCCAUUCCCCGAUGUACAUGUUUAUCUGUAGCCUGGCCACGUUCAACACCAUCUCCUCCCUCUCCAAGACCUGGGAAACCCUGAUGAUGGAGUUCAGCGACGUCGGACAACUGGACUCCCGAGGGGACUCCGUCCGGAGGGUCGAUGACAUCAUAGACGCGCUGCUCUGCAUGUCUUUUAUCGGCUGCAUCUGCAGCUUCCUGGCCAUCGCUGUGGACCGCUACGUCACCAUCUUCCACGCACUGCGCUACCACAACAUCAUGACCACGAGGCGAGCCGCCGCCGCCCUGGCGGGGAUCUGGGCGCUAUGCGGCGUCGCCGGAGCGGUCAUGGUGGCGUUCUGUGACGCCACGGUCAUCAAGAUCUUUUUCAUCGUGCUCUUCCUCAUCUCGCUGCUCCUCAUCCUCUUCCUCUACAUCCACAUGUUCCUGCUGGCUCGGUCCCACGCCAGGAAGAUUGCAGCGCUGCCCGGGAGUGCCAUGCCGCACCGCAGCCUCCGGGGGGCGCUCACGCUCACCAUGCUAUUCGGGGUGUUUGUGGUGUGCUGGGCGCCUUUCUUCCUCCACCUCCUCCUCCUCAUGGUGUGUGUAGAGAACCCCUACUGUGAGUGCUACCGCUCUCUGUUCCAGCUGAAUUUGGUUCUGCUGAUGAGUCACGCCGUGGUCGACCCGGCCAUCUACGCCUUCCGCAGCGCAGAGCUACGAAACACCUUCAGGAAGAUGCUGCUCUGCUCCGACUCACCACUCUGCUACAAGGUCAAAGCUCUGUUCCACUGA